AUUGCCUAUCCAGCAGGAUCAGUCGAUUUGCCAAAAUGGCAGCAGUUAUAUUUACUGGGGCUCAACUUUUGAAACAACAAAGUGGGUUGGUGGGCAUUGCCUAUAUCCGCGUGAACAAUUACAGCUCAGAUGCUAAAGUGUACAACUUGGCCUCUCUGAAGAGGGGCACUGGUGGCCGGUCCAGUUUUAAUGGAAUCGUUGCUACUGUGUUUGGCUCAACUGGUUUCAUUGGUAGAUAUGUUGCUAAUAAAUUGGGGAAAAUUGGCACUCAGCUGAUUUUACCAUACAGAGGUAACAACUAUGAAACUAUGAGAUUGAAGUUAUGUGGAGAUUUGGGACAGGUGCUCUUCCAGCCAUACUACUUGAAGGAUUUGGAGUCCAUUGAUAAAGCUUUGAAGUAUUCAAAUGUGGUCAUCAAUUUGGUUGGUCGUGAUUGGGAAACCAAGAACUUCUCCUUCCAGGAUGUUCACGUGAAGGGCGCUAGGGAUUUGGCGAGGGCCGCUAAGAAGGCUGGUGUUGAAAAGUUCAUCCAUCUGUCAGCAUUGAAUUGUGAUGGACCGAACGAAGCGAUCUUCAGUCGCCAAGGCUCCAAAUUCCUUUCCAGCAAGUGGGAAGGUGAACAGGCAGUGCUGGAAGAGUUUCCCGAAGCUACCAUCUUUAGGCCAUCCGAUGUGUACGGCCAAGAGGACAGGUUCUUGAGGUAUUACGCUCAUAACUGGAGGAGGCAAGGACAGUACAUGCCGAUGUGGAAAAAUGGUGAAGCUACCAUUAAGCAGCCAGUGCAUGUGAGCGACUUGGCCGCCGGUAUCGUCGCGGCUAUUAAAGAUCCGGAGGCCGCUGGUAAGGUCUACCAAGCUGUUGGACCCAGGAGGUAUCAGCUCAACGAACUUGUGGACUGGUUCUACAGGGUGAUGCGGAAGGACAGCGAAUGGGGAUACAAACGCUACGACAUGAAGUACGAUAUGUUUUUCAAGUUGAAGGUAUCGUUAACCCAGAAGUUUAGUCCCGCCUUCCCCGUUGGCAAUCUGCAUUGGGAGAGGUUGGAGCGCGAGUUCGUCACUGACAGGGUGAACCAAGCCAUUCCAACUUUGGAGGAUCUAGGUGUUAACUUGCGAAGGAUGGAGGAUCAAGUGCCGUGGGAGUUGAAACCCUUUACCUACGGCCUGUACUUCGGAACAGAUUCGGAAGAACCCGUCGUCGAACCUAAGCCACCAAAAUAUGUAUCAUAAAUGCAAAACUUUUUAUUUCAUUGAAUUGGCCCAAGUGAUUGAUAGUGGCUAGGCCCCUCUUUGAUUGUAAAUUAUUAAUAAAUAAAUUCUUCUAAUGUUAACCAUCACAA